AUUUAAAUGGUAUAAGAUGGGAACUGGUUUUCUCGAGAGAUCGACGUGACGCUCGAUACAUGUCGAUAACAAUUUAUACAUUAUCGUAUCGUUAAACGACACAGCCAGCGUCGACGCCAGCGUUUGAUCGGUGACUCUCGUUCGCUACAUCGAACAUAUAACUUCGAUUCUUUAGAUAACAAUAACUUUGCCGCGAAAAACAUAUCGAAACCCUCGAUAAUCCUCGACGAGAUUCUACAAUUGGUUCGUUAAAAAAAAUGACAAGUAUCUAUCUCGUUUAACUUAUUUCUCCGAGAAUAGAAGUUUGUUAUCGGAAAGAUUAAUACCGGGAUUGAAAUUUAACAACGUCGAGGAACGAGUUUAACGCAGACGAUGGCUUCUGUGGUCGUACGUGGUAGUUUUGUUGCGUAACGAACCGAAACUAUGGAAGCGGAGCACGCUAAGGUUGUCCAUCGAUCGGUAAACGCGUCCAGUCGAAGUGCCGCUGAAAACACGUCGUUGCCGAUUACUAGAAAAUACGUGUAUUUAGUCGCGUCGUCAUUGCUCCGAGAAGAUUGCACGGAAAGACAAAAGAUAGCUCGAGAUAAGGCGUAGAGAGAACGUUGCGUCGUUGUUCCCAAGAUUGCUCGCGAAAGUGAAACUGGUUGGAAAAACGCGUCGAGGGAAACUGUUGGCGGUGCGACGCGACGGUUCGUCGGAAUGAAACGACGAUCGCGAACAAUACCGCGAGUCUGACGCGAUGCUCAACAAUAGAGCAGGGCUUGUUCGCGACCGGGGAACUCGCAACACCGUAACGAAACGCAAAGAGCUGGCCUAACGAGCGAGCGAACGAACGAACGAACGAACGAUAGUCGUUGGGAUUAAGAUCGGGAAUGACGGCAACUGUCACCGGGCUGAUGGAACGACAAGAAGAAGACGUUCCAACGGCGGCACGAGGAUGACGCCGACCAGGACGGUGGCCAGGUUCUCGAGGCUUCUCGUCCUCGUGCCUGUCACCGUCUGCGCGACCAUUUCCUACGUCAACCAGGAACCGCCGCGAUGCAACGACCGAACACCACCCCCUCAGACCCUGGCAAAGUGCCAUUACGACGUCGACUGCACGGACAACGCAUAUUGCUGGAACCAGGAGGCUUGUUUAUGCAAAGAUGGUUACAUCGUCUAUAAGAAUCGGACGCACGUGGAGUGUUUAAAAGUGGCAACCGCUAUCGGGGAUCCUUGCGUGGCGGACAUCCAGUGUCGCGUAACCUUUGCUCCGUACUCGGAGUGUCGACAGAAUAUCUGUCAGUGCUCGGAGGGCUCUCACUACAUGGAAGGAAGGUGUUACGAGUCUGUAGGUUUGGGGCAGGUUUGCCAGUCGAAUCGAAACUGUUACGUCAAAGACAGCUACUGCGUGACGGGAUUUUGCCGAUGCACGUUGAAAUAUCAUCCGAAUCCCCGUAACGACGGAUGCAUACCGAGCGCCGAGCUGGGCGACAAGUGUUUCAACGAUUACGAGUGCGUCGCGGAGAAUUCGAGUUGCAUCGAGGUCUGCUCGUGCAGAGUGGAUUACGUGCUGUCGAACGACGGUAAGCAGUGCCUGAAAGCUGCCAAUUCCGUCGGAGAACCAUGUCAAGAGGACUCUCAAUGCAGGCUAUUCCUGAAAGACACCAAGUGCGGCCCUAAUGGCGAAUGCAGCUGCAUCGAGAAUUUUCAUCGGAGCGGUUACGCGUGUUUGAAAGAUGUCGCGUUGAACGAUCGAUGCGAGAACCACAGAGAGUGCAUCACGGAGACGCACAGGGACUCGUAUUUUACCGAGGUGACGAAUCUCGAUUGCGUGAACGGCGUCUGCGUCUGCGCCAACGAUUACACCAUGACGGAGGAGUUGCGAGAUUGCAUUCGAUAUAGCGACAGCGGUACCGCCCCGGUAGCAACACGUUGGAAACAUAUUUAUCGAGUUUUGUCUCUCGCGAUUCUUGCGAGACUCUCGAUAUUCUCAACACAGUACUUACCACGACUGGAACUCGUUUAAAAAAUUUUUAUUCAACCGCAACACGCUUCGUAGUUGUAAUGAACGAUACUAAUUUCGAUCGAUUGUAAAUACGUUGCAUCGGAGUAGUCAAUACCAGACGUAUCGCUA